CUAAAUUAUUUUGUUUAUUUUCAUUUUUAAGCAAUUUUAUUUAUACCUUUCCAUUUGAUGGAAAGAUAAUUGCAAAUAACUAUUAUUAGGUUGAUAAUUGAAUGUGUAUGAUAAACUAUAAACCUUAUGUGAAAUAAAUUGGCAAAAAAACAAGGCUGCAGUAGACAUGUCGCUGUAUGAUGGCUUGGAUGACAAAGAUGAUGGAACAUCUAAAACAGAUGUUGCUGGAUGGUCAUCAAGUUUGAAGUUAAUGCAGUCACAGUUACAGGCAAAGAAAGCUAAUUUAAUGCAGGUGAAGAAACAGAAACCCAGCAGUAAUACAAUGGCCCCUGUAAUAGAUUUGAAGAAGAAUGACUUGUACAGUGAUCUGCAUUUUAAUAUGUUAACAGGCAGAUUAGAGAGAUUAUCCGAGAGUACAACAGGUGGCUCCCCCUUUCUUCCUUCUGAUCCUUCGUCCUCAUUAACAGGUGUCAUUGAUGAGUAUGACCCUUUACGGCCCAAUGAUUACGAGGACUUCACGAAAAAGAGAAAGGAACAAAGACUGAAGGAGAGAGAGGAAGAAAAAAAUAAAAACUUUGACGAUGAGAGACGGUUUGGUGAAGCAGAUGAACCAGAACCUAGACGUAGAUCAGAAGACAACUGGAAUCGUAACCAUAGAGAUAGUCCAGACCAAAGACAAAAACUUGGAAAGGAUGACGAACCUCCUCAGAGACAUCGUAACAACAAAAACUGGAAUAAUGGGGAAGAUAACUCUGUUUAUGAACCGAGACAGAAGUGUGGAAAUGAUGAUGACACGCCACAAAGACAUGGUGGUAGAUACAACAAGAGCUGGAAUCAUGGGGAAGAAAGUCCAGGUCAUGACCAAAGACAAAAGUCUGGAAAUGAUGAUGACACGCCACAAAGACAUGGUGGCAGAUUCAAUAAAAGCUGGAAUCAUGGGGAAGAAAGUCCAGGUCAUGACCAAAGACAAAAUAGGAGAGGAAGAAGAGACCACAAUCGUGACAGAAACCGAGAUAGAGAUCGUAGUGAUGAUAGAGGAGGCGGAGGAGGAGGAGGUGGUGGAGAGAUGGACAGAUUAAGGAGGAGACAUGAAGAAGAAGAGGAAGAUUAUGAGAAACCAAAGAGACCUUCUGGAGGUAUGGGAGCAGCUAUAGCACCACCAUCAUCACUCAUAGAAGACAUCCCUAUUGAUUCACCAGGCAGGCCUCAGUCCCCGACACUUCUUGGUCAGAGUAUGGGCUUAGGAGGUUCAGUGGCGUCUAAGAUUAUGGCCAAAUAUGGUUACCGUGAAGGUCAAGGUUUAGGUAAAUCUGAACAGGGAAUGAGUACAGCUUUGUUUGUGGAGAAAACAAGUAAGAGAGGAGGAAAAAUUAUACAUGAAAAAGAUAUACCUAAAGAACCUCCAAAAGAAUUACAACCAAAUACAAAUUUGUUGAGAAAUCCAGCAAAAGUUAUAUUAUUACGGAAUAUGGUCGGUCCUGGUGAGGUUGAUGAGGAUUUAGAACCAGAAACUGCUGAAGAAUGUGGAAAAUAUGGAAAAGUUAUUAAAUGUGUUAUAUUUGAGAUACCUGGUGUUAUAGAAGAGGAAUCUGUCAGAAUUUUUAUUGAAUUUGAUAAAGUUGAUGCUGCAAUUAAAGCUGUUAUUGAUUUAAAUGGACGAUUUUUUGGAGGAAGGACUGUGAAAGCGUGUUUUUAUAAUUUAGAUAAAUUCAGACGAUUGGACUUAGCUGAUGAAAUAAUAGAUUGAAAUAAAAUUUACAAUUUGAUAGAGGCAGCUUGUAGUAAAUCCAGCAUUAUGAAAAUCAGAUUUAUAACAUGAAGAAUUCCCAAAAGAGGAUAUAGUGAAUACAUCCUCUGUGAUCUGAUGAAUGGAAGUCAGACUCUAUUACAACAUGUGUAGGAAUGAAGACGCUAAAAGAUUUACAUGUUAUACAGCUGCAUAUCAUGGAUAGAAUUGAAAUUUGAUCUGACGUGUGAUCAUCAAUCAUCAAGUGUAAAUAAAGUACUUCCUCCUAU